AAAUGAGUGAAUGUCAUAGACGUAAAGCGUCGUCCUUAUGCGCACGCCCCCGAAAGAAACGAUGGGAGUUUGCCUGGGUUCAUGCUGCCGGAAGACUGACACAAUACCGUUAUGCAAAGGCGUGCAUCACACUUUUUGGACAGUCAUGCUGUGGUGGUUGCCUCCGUCUCUCCUCCCUUCGUUUUGUCCUCGUGGAGCUGGUCUGCCUUUUGAUGGAAUGUGUGGUAACCAAUUUCUUUUCUCUAACACCGGUAACUUACGGUGUUCCGCGCAGAUGGCGUUCCCCGACGCAACUGAAGGCGUCAGUGCAAGAUGGGAUGUGGGAACGCAGACACCACACGGUGGUCAAGAAUGGAGGGAUAUGUCCAACUUCGUUGAGGAUUUCAGUGUCACGACAAACGGUCUCCGCACGCCGAAGAGGGCUCUGGAAGUCGCUGCUGCAGCACUUCGUGAGGUUUCCCACUACCCGAGCUGUGACCAUGAGCCCGCAUGCUCGGGCGUCGCAACUUUCCUUCGGGGCGAGCCACGCUCUUUCGCAGAGCGAACGGAUAUUAACGAAAAAGAGAUUGAGCGGAUUAAGAAACGGCUUGUUCUCGGUAACGGAGCCAGCGAGCUCAUUGAUUUGUGUACAAGGCUCUCUUGUGCUUCAACCUGGAGCCCAGGCCCCACUGAUGUGCAAUACAAAGAAUACGAGAGGUCCGCAGCAAAUAAUGGACUCCAACUGCAAGAUCAUAAGCAGGCAGAACUUGUUUGUGCUGUCAACCCCUGCAACCCUACGGGCGAUUUCAUGGAAAUUGAGGCGAUGAAAAGGUUCAUCGAAGAUCGUAAAAAUGGAGUCACAGUGAUGGUAGAUGAGUCAAUGAUUUUCUGGUUUGGACCAAACUGGCGUUCCCAGAGUCUUGUCAACCAAGAGGACUGGGUUAACAAGCUGUACGAAACACGCGGAAUCAAAGUAUUCGUAAUACACUCCUGGACGAAGAUCUGGGCGUGCCCCGGACUUCGAGUUGGUUCUAUUUUGGCGCCUCAUCCAGAAGCGGCGAAGCGGAUACGGAAGCAUCAGGUUCCGUGGUCGCUUAACACACUAGCGAUUGCCUUUCUAUCGGAAGUGGUGAAGGACUAUGACUAUAUGAGCGAAACGUGGAAAUUAACGCCACGAUGGAGCGAUGCGUUCCGCAAAACACUUCAAGGAAUCCGACCUGAAUGGGACAUCAAAGGGCGGAAGUGGCUGCCGUUCGUAUGGAUUGACACGAAAUGUUCCAACGCCGCACGCUUCUACGUGGAAACAUGCAGGACAAGAGGUGUGCCAAUACGUUGGGGAGCACACGGCUACCAGAGGCCAACAUACAUACGCGUAGCUGUCCGUGACCCGAAAGAGGCUGCCAUUGUUGUUGAUGCUCUGCGCACGCCUCUCUCAAGUCCUUAAAUUAUUUUCUUUGAAAAUCAACAGACUUGAAAAUCAGGAAGCGUUGGCGCGGAAGGAUGCAGCCAGAUAGAUUGACGUUCCAGCCGGUGGUCAACUGCACCAUGUCUGUACAACCUUAGUCUCCACAUUAUUUGUCAGCGAUCGUAAGAUCGUACGAUGAAUCGAUGGUGGAAACCUACCUUUACACAGUGAUCGGUAGAAGUAAGGGGGCGAGCCCCGCACGACAUUCGAAUCUUACGUAACAUCGUCACUCCUGUGAUGUCUAACGCCGCAUUUUGUUGGUCGUGUGAGAAAGGCGGUUGAGCAGAACUUCUACGGACAACACUGGGCGCUGCGUGUAGCGCCAGCGAUGCUCUACCGCAGUCAGGAGCAUCUCCCUGUGAGCCGCAUAUCACCUUAGACGCUGGUACUGACAACAGAGGUCCAACGAUUCAUGGGUUCCAGUGUCGGCCUUGGGCACGGUAGAGAGAGAACGGCAACUGCACCCUUCCUCUAGAGGAAACAACA